AUGUCGAGUCUGCGUCCAGGAUCCAAUAACCACACUGGCCUCAACUUUCCCCAGACCAGUCUUCGCCGCAACCCAUAUCCUCCAGUGCCUCAUCCAGGCCAACAGAACAAGCAAUCUCCCGCGCCUCAUUCUGCGUCCCCUUACCAGACUCAGGCAUAUCAGCCUCAGCAGACGCCAGCUGGAUAUCCCCAGCAUCUUUUCUCAAAUCCUUCGCAUGUCAACGGCAGUCUUUCCAAUGGCCCCUCGCGUUCUUCCACUUCUCACAUGCCCAGUGCAGUGCCGAAUCCGCUUGAUGUGUCUAAUUCCCGAGGACUAUCGCAGUCACGCUCUCAAAUGAUGUUUCCGACCCUGGGACAGGUUGUGCCGAACCAAUUACACCACCCCCAGCAGCAACAGCAGAUGCAUCCUCAGCACUUGACCCAUCCAUCCCACUCUCUUGCCCAGCCUCGACAAACCCUUCAUCAGCACCAUGCUCAGCAGUCGCCUCAGCAGCGGCCUCAAUCUCAACAGGCUCAGCCAACUCCCAAGAUUGGCCAGGUUCAGGUCAAGCCCCAGGCGCCUUCUCCUCCCUUGACCCAGCAGUCGAGCCAACAGCAGCAGCAAACGCACCAGCAGCUUCAGCAACAACUCCAGCAGCAACAGCAACAGCACCAUUUGCAGCAACAGCAGCAAUUGCAGCAGCAGCAACAGCUUCAGCAGCAGCAGGCACAACAGCAACAGCAACAGCAACAACAGUUGCAGCAGCAGCAGCAUCAUCACCAACAGCAGCAGCCGCAGCCGCAGCCGCAGCAACAAGCGCACCAGCAAGUGCACCCACAGCAGCAGCAACAUGCACAGCAACAACAUCACCAUCAACAACAGCAUCAGCAGCAAGCGCAGAUUCUCUCUCAACAGCCACAGCAGCAACAGCUUCGAACUCCCCAACAGGAGCAGCAGCAGCUUCAACACCCGCAGCAACAUGAACCUCCGAGAUCCCAAACACAUCAGCAACCUGCGCCUCGACAACAGAAGCAGCAGAAACAACGUGAUCAACAGCGUGAUCAGCAACGUGAACAGCAGGCACAGCAGCAACAAAUCCAACAGCAGCAGCAGCAGGCUCAACAGGCACAGCAACAGCAACAGCAAGCCCAGCAGCAGGCCCAGCAGGCCCAGCAAGCUCAGCAGCAACAAAAGCCACAACCCCUUUCUGCAGAGCCAAUUCAGCCGCAGCAGCAGCAGACUCAGCCACAGCAGCAGAAGCAAGAUGCCAAUGGCAGCGAGUCGAUGGAUAUUGACAACCAAGCAAAUGGGGAGGAGAGCGGAGGCCUAGACAUGAAAAUGCUUGCUGAUCCUAACUACAUCCCAACUCAGCCUUUGGGCGAAAUGAUGUCCCCUCCGCCAGAAGGCGGAAGUUACCCUACUCUCGAGGCGGUCCAGAAGGCUGUUCUCAGAUACUGCACCUCAGUCGGCUAUGCUAUUGUCAUUGGUCGCUCGAAGAAGACAGUGCCUGGCUUGAAGAAGGUCCUCUUUGUUUGCGAUCGUGCUGGCAAGCCGCCGAGUCGUGUAAGCCCCGAGUGUCGCAAACGUAAAACAUCGUCCCGCAAGUGUGAUUGCCCGUUCGGCUUUUUCGCUAUCGAGCAGCGUACCCAGUGGACGAUCCGAUAUCGCCCUGACCCUGCCCAUCUUCAGCAUAAUCAUGGCCCAAGCGAGAGUCCUUCCCAUCACCCAGCUGCCCGGAAACUGGAUAGUCGAAUGGUUGCCGCAGUAAAACAGCUUAAGGAGAACGGCGCUGGCGUCUCGGAGACGCUGCAGAUACUGCAGACCGAAAAUCCGGAUUGUCAUCUUCUGCCACGCGAUAUAUACAACGCUCGCGCAGCUAUCAAUCGCAACCCUCAGAAGGUUGCCACAGGACUGGCAGAGAACAGACCAGCUAUCUACAGCAAACCUCAUCAGUCCCCUGAAGAUCGCAUUCGCGCUGAGUUGAGACGUGAAAUCGCAAAAGCUCGCGAAGAAAUGCAAGAAAUGGAGGAAAAGAAGGACAAAGAAAUCAGCGAGCUGAAGACGAAAUUGGAAGAAAAAGAAGUCAUCAUAAGAAAAUUCGAAGAGUUCAUUGAUAUUUGUAACGAAAGAGUUAUGUUUCAACGACAGCGACUAGCAGGAAGCAACGGAAAUGGGGCAAAUCAACCCCAAGUCUGA